AGGUGAAGAGCACAUUGCCACGUCACAUGACUCCAAUCCACUCACUUUAAAUGCUCGCUUCAACCCAAGCAGCAAGUUGCACAUUCAUUCCUUCGUCCCACCUCAAGUAACUUGGUACAAUGUACCACUUUACAUUCUAUCAGCCCCCUCAGCUCUUUGCCCAUUUUGCCAAUUGCCACCUGAUGGAGCUGGAGGCGUUGCAGCUCGUCGAGUUCGCCUACAACCGGCAGCGCGGAGAGCCGCGCUACAUCCCGUUCCGACACCGUGGUGUACCGCCUCGCUACCCUGCGUUCGAACUGCAGCUGCCAGUGUUGCUGUUGCCCUGGGACGACGAGCGCGGAGGUGUCAUGUGCUUUGCACACCCGCAGCACCAGGCUCCUUUGGCAUCUGACGCAUCGAAUCAGGACGAGACGGCGCUGCUGGGUGUAUGUCGCUGCGGUGUCGUGCGCUUCGCUAAGUAUUUCCAGCGUGGCCGCCUGGGAUCCGCCCCGACGUACGACGUAGCGCUCAAGAUCAUGGAUAAGACACAGCUUAAGUUGCAGCACGACGACGUACUCAACGAGGUGCGCGUAAUGGCACAACUGCAGCCGCCGGGCUUCGCUGGUGUGUACCACUCGCCACAUUUGUCGCAGUGGGAGUGUCUGGCGGACGAGCACAACGAGUAUAUCGCUAUGGACUGGGCAGCCAACGGCAGCCUCAUCAUGUACGCCAAGCGACGGCUCACAGACUAUAAGCGCUUCGCCGUGGAGCGACUGGUGAAUAGAAUGACAUCACUGCCUGAGCUGGAACAGGCAGUUAAUAUCUUUGUGGCAAGAGCCUGGAUGCUCGAGGCGUUGCAUAUUUUCGAGGGGGUACUCAAGGGACUCGCAUACAUGCACGCACAGAAUGUGUGCCAUUUGGACGUAGAUCCAUGCAAUGUGGUGAUUGACGCUGAGUAUAACCCGAGAGUUAUCGACUUUGGCAGCUCCGAGAUCAUGACGAACAAUGGACGCGCAGGAGCCGACGAUCGACUGAUCAAGUUCAAGCCCCUAUACGUUGCAGAGGAAGUAAGAGCUCAUAACCAGCACCCGUCACCGCGUCCGGGCUUUCUGGGGGCACCUGCAGAUAUGUGGUCUGCUGGAGUAUUGUUGUACCAGUUGUUGUGUUUCGGAUACCCCAAGGGCCACUUGGCUCUUGUGUGUGAUACGAAUUGGGUGACGAACCUGCUCGCACAUGCGAAUCAACCGGGCUACGACACAUGUCUCGGACAGGAAGGCUGCCUCAUUUGCUUCCGCCGCAUCGAGUUCCCAGACGUAAUUUAUGAAAUCUUCCGCGGCUUGCUGCUCGCGGACCGUCCGACCGAGCGACUGACGGCUGUUGAGGCAGCGAAUUUGCUUCAACCUCUGCUUGUCGACUACGACGUCGACUUUAGCCGCCGUGCACAGUCCAUACUGGACACACUCGGAUGAUCGCUGCCGUAUCAUCCUUCAGCAGCAGCAUCCGAACUACAGUGCAUUACAUAAAUGCUAAGACCAAGCUUAUCACACCGUCCACAAGAACGCGAAAUCUCGGGAAUCUUCCCAGUUUUUACAAACCAACUCGAGCCAGCCAUCGCCUUAGUUUAGACAUCGAGAAAUCAGACGGCCGAUUAGAAGCAGCAAAGCGUUGAUAGACGAUAAAAAGGUGCAUGGAGAUCGGGACCUGUGCACCGAAAAUACUCCAUGUUAUAAUGCAAGAGUAUAAGUCCUUAGAUCUACAUGUACAGCAGUAUGAAAAUGUUCUCGAAAAUGACGGGCC